CUGACAUGCCAGGGCUCACGGAGAGACUGCCCGCUGAGAUUGUUCUCCUUAUCUGUGAGCACCUCGCAGCAGAUUCGACCCACAGUUUAUUGCAGUUAUGCUUGACAUCGAAGGCACUCUACGAACUUACAUAUCCCAUUCUCUAUCAAGACGUGCGAUUGAAGUCUCAUUAUGGCCCUCACUCCUCCUUGCUGCGCUUCUCGAGGCAUGCCUCGUCUCACGAAAAUGAUUUGCAAAGCAUCGACAUCCGGUUUACCAGAGGUCACAUGUCCGCCUUCCUGACCGGAAUUCCGUCUGCUUUCACCAACCUACAGCCUACGGCCGCUUUACUACCCAAGCUGACGCAGUUGCGGACGUUCAUUCUGAGGCUUGAACACCACGACAAGCGGAACGCGAGGCUGCCGGAUAAGGCGACUUCACUUCUCUUGAAAAGCCUUCCAGAGAGCGUACGAAAUCUUGAAUUAGACACCGAGGGCUCCGACCAGUUGACCUGGCAGGAGCAAAGAUGGGCCCCAGAAGAGUGCUUCUGUGACGCUCUCGCGGGGGUUCUGCCCCAACUGCAUCACAUUCGUCUUCGCAAGGGCUAUCUCUGUUCAAACAUCUUCAAAGGCAUCAAAGAUGCCAUUGCCAGUACAACGGAAUCAAAAGGUCAACAAGCCUGGCCACUGCGCUCGCUUACCAUCCGUCUUGACUUGGAGCGCGAAUGGAUGGAGGCACCAGCGCACUCGGCGUCAUGCCAGCGCAGGGCCGUCUCUAUUGAGGCCUCCAGCCUUGCCAACCCUGUACGUGAGGGGAUCGAGGCCGGCUUAUUCCCCGCUCUCGAGCACGCCGUGAUUAUCUCCAGGUUCGGCGACAUAGAAAACCUCCGCACAGCAAAGGGGACGAGACAUUCGGGAUUCGCGAUCCACAACGUCGUCAAGAACAGCACGACGCUGAUCCCCGUGCUGGCCGUCGAGAUCGACUGCAAGCUCCCGCUGGGGAGAAACCACGAGGCGUCAAGCAAGUUCGCCGACGUCUUCCUCGUGCGCGACCUGGAUGGCGUCGACAGGUUCGCGUCCUACUCGGAGCUCGCGUCCGCCCUCGAGCGCAACAGACCGUUUCGAGACGUGAUCGGCAGCCCAACGGCGCAGCCGUACGAGUUCGACUUCUCGUGCCUCGAUCUGCGCGAGCAGGCCACGCUGCCCAGCAACAUGCGCAUGUCGAUCUGGGAUCGAGAGGCCAAGGUCGGCCAGAUCCUGCUAUCUGCGAAGGAGCUGCAGGGCUUGAUCACGUCGCCGCGCUGGUUGAACGAAUUUCGACCCCCAGGCUAGGUGUACGGUGGGAUCAACAAGAAGGGCGAGACUCAGAUUGUUCGCUCCGAAGAGACAACCGAUCAGGCACAUGCUGGAAGUGUGCACAUAUAGCGUGUAGGAAAGCAACCGGGACGAUUCAAGCUCGUUUCGCGCUUGUCCUGGUGACGUUGACGCCAUCAUCUCUUGGCUCAACUUGUACGUGGGCUUGGGCACCAGGAAAAGCGCGAGCUCGUGUUUCCCUCCACGGUGGAUAAGCGCUUCUUCCCACGAGAACUCAGGCGGCUUUGUGGACGUGAGAGAAAAAGAGAACAGUGUAUGAUAUUUUCAUGUCAAC